AUGCUUAUCGACGGUCAAAAGUGGGCGUGUGAAGCUUGUAUACGGGGUCACCGUGUGACCAGCUGCAAACAUCAUGAUCGACCACUGAUCCGCAUCAAGCGCAAAGGCCGCCCCUUCGCAACAUGCACAAUGUGCAACGCAACACCCUGCACAUCUCCAAUCGAGCACGCCCGCGCAAAGCGCGACGCAGAGCUCAAAUGUCCAAAAAAAUCCUCGAGCGGAAGAAUCCAUCGGCAAAAUCCGAACGGGUUCCUCCCCAUUGCCCCACGUCCCGGACCAGGUCCAAGUCCAACGGGCUCGAUCUCGUCGGGGAAGAAUGUCUCCGCAGUGACAACCUCGAAGUCCAAGUCCAAGUUCAGGUCUGGGUCGAAGUCGGCCUGUUCGACUUCGUCCGCUUCGUCGCCUGGAAAGACGACUAUCUACCACGAUGCGGCGGGUGAUUGGUCUGGCUCCGAGGGCUCGGUGUCUAGGGUUGAUUCCGCUAGACAUACUGUGUCGUUUUCGGGGUCGGCGGUGCCGGGGUUAGAGUCGGGUCGGACGCUUAGCGCUGAGCAGGGUUCGCUUUCGCAUUCGGCGCCCGGGUCGUUGUAUGAGUAUCCCGUUUCCGAGGAGGAGGGUACGGCUGCGGCUUUGUUCGAUCCGGCGUAUUCUCUGCAGCCUUCUUUGGCGGUUUCGGGGGCCCAGCCUGCGCAGACGUUGCCUGUGGUUAGUCCGCUCGAUGGGGUGCACCCCUUUGACUUCUCGCUGGACCCUGCGCUGGAACUGGGUGAGAGCACUUUGGGGUAUUUGAAUGAGGUCGACAUCAAUAUGGAUUUGGACUUGCCGGCUAUGGAGGAUAUGUUCCAUGUGGAGGACUGGUCUAGGUAUAUGUGGUCGGCUGAGACAGGGUUUGAGCAUCUGGAUACCGGAUUUCCACCGGCCCAAUAA